AUGAGGCUGUUGGAGAACGGUAUCAAGCCAUUGUAUGUGUUUGAUGGUCACGCCCCAAAACUAAAGAAACCAGUCCUGGAAGAGAGGCGAGAGAAAAGAGAAGAGGCAAAAAAAGAAUUCGACAAAGCUGAGAAAAAAGGCGAUACGCUUAAAAUGGAGAUAUUACGACCACAAACCGCUCAAGUGACGAAGACAGUAAAGAAAAAUUGCAAAGAGCUGCUUAAAUUACUUGGGAUACCCUAUUUCAAUGCCCCAGGAGAGGCCGAAGCGCAAUGUGCUGCAUUUGUAGAAAGCGGGAUUGUGUACGCCACAGCAACUAUGGACUUGGAUGCUUUGACUUUUGGAACUAAAGUGGUUUUGCGGAACUUUCCGUUUACUAAACAAGUUACAAAUAAAAAUCCCGUCACCGAAAUUCAUCUAGAGAAAGUAUUGGGGACUCUAGGGCUUACCUUGGAUGAAUUUAUUGAAUUGUCAAUUAUCAUGGGGUGUGAUUACUGUAAGGGCAUCGAAGGGCUGGGAAGCCAUAAGGCAAUUGAGCUUAUAAAAAGGUACAAAACGAUUGAAAACAUUUUGGGCAACACGGAUUAUACAGCUGAUCUUCCUCAAUCACAUUCCAGGAAGUUCAUAGAGACAGAAUGA